AUGUAUACAAAUGAUGCAGUUGAAGCCACUUUUUCUGAUGGUAUGAAAAUCUUUCUGGCACCAUGUGCUACUGAAUAUGUAGUUCAACAAGGCAAUCAUACACAAGGACUUAUGACAACAAAACAUCGUACAAUAUAUACAACAAGUACAUUAUUACCUCGUAUUCGAUCUGUUUUAAUAUUUCGUAAUCUAUAUGCUCAGCAACCAUUUCUUGUUCCAGCACUUGUUGAUUCUAACCAAUGUUAUCAAUCAACAGGUACUGCUACACAUGUUCGUUGGUCUCCAAAUGUUUCUCUUCCAACAAUUUCGAAUGAUGAUCUAACUCAAACAUGGUCAUGGAUAUCUCUAUGUGGUCGAGCUCGAAUUGAUAUUUCUCAAUGUCGACAAAUUAUUUAUAUAACUCAUCCUUUACAAGUUUCACGUAUAUUAACCAAACAAGAGGAUGAUAAAGAUAUUCCAACAAAAUAUAUACAUAUAUUUGCACCUGUUCGUCGAUGUUUUUCAUGUCAAAACCUACCUGAUUAUCUAUCUAAAUUUGUUCAUAAUUGUCUUCAACUAAUUGAGCAAUUAUCAAAUAGUAAAAUUUCAUUUGAUAUUAAAGGUGAUAAUGAUAAUGAGUGGAGUUUUAAACUACCAUUACCAUUACCAAGUUCAUCAUGUCCAAAAGCUCAUCGUCAUCGUUUACAUCAUGAAAUGAUGUUUGAAGCUGAUAUACAUAUAUUACAAACAACAACAGUUACAUAUAGAUUAGAAUAUGAGAAUCCAGCAAGUAUAGAAGCAUUUGUUAUUGAUAAUGAUCAUAAUGAACACUUAAUUGAUUAUGUAAUUACUUGUGAUAUUCAAUCAAGUUUUUAUAAUUAUUAUUCUAUUAAAGAUAAGCAAUGUCAUUUAUUAACAUUAUCUGAAAAUGCUUUACCACCUCACAAUGAACGACUAGUACAAAUAAUACGUUUCAUGUCUACUAUGCGUCAAAGACUACUUAGUAUGACUCGACGUGUUCAAGAACGACCAUGUUGGUUGCAAGAAGAUGUUAAAUUAGAUAAUGAUAGUAACGAUAAUAUGGAAGAAUCGAAAUUGACGUCAUUAGAAAAUGAAAUUGACGAUGAGAAUAAUAUUUUUCGACAAACAUCUAUUUCUAAUGUUGGACAUUUCAAAUAUUAUCUAGAUAGUCAUGUUCAAAUAAAAUUUUCUAAUGAUUUUAUUCUUAAUAUGACUCCUGAACAAGUUCAUUCCUGUCAAAUGAAUCCAUAUGUUGAUUUUCAAUGUCGAAUAACAGAUAAGAAAAAACAAACAACCAUUGAUAUUCUAGAUGGUAUAGCUCAGCCCGGUUGUUAUGAACAAUACAUUACUGCUGCAAUCGAUUGGUGUAUGUGGAUAUGGAAUGAAAAAAGAAUUGAAGAUCAACGUAAUUUAGCAAAUGAUAUUCAAGAAGAAUUAUUUCGUUUAAAACUUUAUAGAAAUAGGAUUGAAAUAAAAGAAUAUCAACAAUCAACAACAAUAAAUACACCUAUAAAAAACCAAGUAGAAUACUAUUCACCAGAUGAUAUCAAACAAAUACUUGAACGAACAGCAAAAUUUACAAGAACACAUUCCUCUUGA